GUGGUUAAUCGAGCACAAAAACCUUGACGCUAUGACUAAAAAGCAGCUUCAACGAUCAAAUUAAAAGAAAAUCAACUGCCUAUUUGCCUGAGGUAAAAAAGAAUCCUUAGACACCUCGAUUGUUCAUGUCAAUGGUUUGUGUAAAUUAAAAAAUUCAGCAUGUUCAGCGCCCCUAGCAGAGAAAGCACAAAUUAAACUAUCCGACCAAAUUACAGUAGCUUCACUUGCGCGCUUACGCUGAAACGCGCCUCGAUUGAUUUUUCGCCCUCUGUGGCCAUUUGUUGAACUUGAGAGUGUGCGGGGCCGAGCGUACGCGACCGGCAAAAAACAACCAUAUUAAAUUUUGCUCUGAAAAAAAAAAAAAAAUUUGCACUUCCGCUUUCGGAUUGAACAACGUCAUCUGGCGUCCGCCUAAGUAAGUUCCAUGCGCUGCCGCUGCUUAUUUUCGAACCACGGCGGAAGGUACGGUUUACCUUCUCUAAUUUGGUUCUUCAUUCUAUGGUACGGACGAUACACUACUGUGACGCUACCCCCUACCCCCAUUACACCAUAAGUGGUUCCUUAUCGUAUGGUCUAGCAUUGACGCUUUGUAAAUGGCUAAGCGGAAACUGUUUGCAUCGGAAGAAGCGCGAACCAAAAUGAGCGGAUCUUUUUACCAUAUAAGUAGCGGCGACAAACGCGAGUCAGGUCGAGUGAAGGAUGCCAAUAUGCGUCGUGUGCUUGAUCCUGCAGCUCGAAUGCGCCGCCAGAAGAAAGCUGUGGACGGCCUGGAACACGACAACUUCCACGACGACCCGCAUGCCAAUCUGGUGAUGCACAAGAAGGCGCCAAAGUUUGAGGAAACCUUUGAAGCGAAGCGCAAACGCAGAAGCAAAGGUGAGCCCUUCAAGGCGCGCUUUAAGAGGAGCUUCAACGCCCUGUUAGAAGAGCAUCAAGCCAGCAACCCGGAGCCGCCCAAUUACAGCCACGCUAAUGUGCCCCCGUCCAAGUUGCCACCGAGGCACUUUUGUGCCGUUUGCGGCUUCCAGUCGAACUACACUUGCGUUUCCUGUGGUUCAAGGUACUGUUCCAUCAAGUGCCUAGGUGUUCACCGGGACACCCGCUGCUUGAAAUGGACAGCGUAGAGAUCAACAAACGAUACCUUUCGUGAAUUCUCACAGUGCUGCAUCAAAGCGAUAUUACUGGCGCAGGUCAGCUGUUUAACACGAAACCUUGUGUUCAUGACUUCUAACUGUGUACUGUUGCAAUAGGAAGCAUAAUGUAUGGCAUGGUCGUGGGCGACUGUAGUUGUUUCCUUCGCACCACCCGAAGCUAGCCAAUGAGGGCUGACCUUUAUCGAGGCAUGUAAGUACAGGCGGGAACAAAACGUUGUUCCGUCUGCGAAUUUCUGGUAUUGGUAGGCAUGAAAGGCGAAGCUGAAGGCGGAAGUUUGAGAUGCGCUCGCAGAUCCUGCAAUAUUUUGUCUCUGCCUGUACAUGCAUGUCAUAAUCGGCAAAUGCACACAUAGUACAGAGUUCGGGCAAAGUAAAAGUUGUUGCAGAUUUG